AUGAUGUCCUUCUUGGAAGUUGGAAGUAAUAAGAAAUGGAUAAAUAUUUUAUUCAAUGAUUUUGGGAUACCACAUCGUUUUGAAAUUUCAGAAGAUUUGAAGACUGAAUGGGAUAUUAAAAACAAUCGCUAUUUUGGAGAAGUACAGAUCCCAAGUUAUGAUAAAUACCCAUUAAAGCCUGUUGUUUGUUGUUUCACUGUUAAUGAGUCCUUGCCUUCUGGUUCAAUUAGUGUUCCAGCUGCGAAAUUUGGAGUUAAUCCUUUGCAUCCUACUAUAAAUCAAUGUACAUUAAAGAUAUUAAAGGAUCAACCAGUUGUACUAGAAACUGUUACGUUCCUUGCAAACCCAAAAUUAUAUAAAAGACUAGAGUGCUUUCAAAAGGAUACUGAAAAGUUUAAUUUCUUUUGUUCAAAAUUUGGGAUUAUUGAUAAGCAAAGUGUGAUACAUCUAGAUGAUGAUAUUAGUAAACCCUGGUGUAAAGUUGUCGAUUGUACUCCUUCCAAUACAGGUAUAGUUGAUUUUAACAAGACACAGAUAUAUUUCUUGGAAGAUACGCAUUCGCUAUUGGAAUCUAAGGCCAAUCUGUUCGACAGUAUUUCCCCCACUGUUCCAUCUAAAAAAUCUUCGAAUACUAGGAUACAACUGUCAUGUUUAAAACAUCCUGUGUUGAGAGAACUGUAUAAGAAUGAAUUGCCUCUAACAAAUGAUGAUACUAUAUUCGCAUUUGCAUCGUUUGAAGUAUUCCAAAGUGUUGGUGUCAUUGAUGGAAACUAUAUUACAAUUUCAAAUGAUACUACUUCAAUGACUCUUCAACUAUUUUUGUUAUUACAGCCUAAUGGCUAUAGUAAUACAAAAUUAUUCGUGCAUCCAAGAGUUAUGGCAAAUUUUUGGAAAUCUGGAGAUGUAAUAGUUGAAAAAUGUGAGAGCGAGUUUACAAAUUUUGCUGUUGCUUCAUCAGUAUCACUAGCAAGAGUUGGUAAUUUUUAUCAUUCCCAAAAGAAAUAUGAGAACUUGAUUCUUCAUAAUUUAAAGAAGUUUUUAACAGAGAAAGAAAGAGUAUUACGUUGUAAACAAUUGAUCCCUAUCGGAUUUGAUUCUACAUUUAGUAGCCUAUACUCAGAUGACAUUGAAAAUGUUGAUGAUAAUCUGUUGAAUGACUCUGUUGUUUGGUUUUCUAUCGAAAAGGCUGAAAUAGAAAAUGAGGAUUAUGAUAAUGGAACAUUGAAGGAUUUUAUUAUUAAUCCUUCUAGAACAAAGUUGGUUACCGAAAAUAUCAUAUCAAAACACCCACUUCAAAUGAACAAUCCAACAUUUCAUAAGUAUUACGAUUUAGUGUUACCACCAAAAUAUGAUACAAACAAAUUUGACUAUGCCAAACGUUUCUUUAAUAUCUUAGAAGCGUCUCUAAAUUGUUUUGAAAAAUCGAUACCUAUCUCAACUUCGAUUAUUUUGCAAUCAGGUACACCAAACACUGGUAAAUCUACGUUAGUUAAGUCUGGAUCUUUGUAUCUGGGUUUUCAUUUGUUAGAGAUUGACUGUGCUUCGCUUCCUGUAACCAAUGUUGGUUCUUUAGACUCUGUAAGUAAAACUGUGGGUUAUAUUAAAGCGAAGGUCGAAAGUGUGUUGCCAUAUACAACACCUUCCAUUAUAUAUCUUUCUCAUAUUGAUAUCUUGUUAAGGAAAGAUGAUUCUAACCAAGACCCUCAAGUUUCAAAUAUAUCAAAACUCAUGGAUAUUGAAGUAACAAAAUUUAUAAAUGAAAUACUUUCAAAGUUUAAAGGAACGAUUUUUGUUUGUUCAACUAAUAAUUUUGAUUCUUUACCAACGACCUUUACUUCAAAUCUUAAAUUCGAUAUUAAUGUGUCAGUCCCGGAUGAAAACCAGCGUAAAGAAAUAUUCAAAUGGUACCUAGCUACUGAUGUCCUCAAUAGAGGUAUCCAAGGUGGUUAUGUUUUUAACAGCUCAAAUGAUUUGUUAUUAUCAAAGUUGGCCCUUCAAUCAGCUGGUUUGACACCUUGGGAUAUCAAGUUCACCAUUGAUAAAGCAAAAUCAAAAUCAUUGCAAAAUUGUAUAAAACAUAAUAAUUCCAACAAUGACAUUAAUAAUAUUUGUAAAAUAUCUAUGGUUGAUAUUAAAGAAUCUAUUGGUGAUGUAAGAGAUGAAUAUUCAACGUCCAUUGGUGCACCAAAGAUUCCAAAUGUGACAUGGGACGACAUUGGUGGUAUUGAUAUAGUUAAAGGUGAAAUUAUGGAUACUAUUGAUAUGCCUCUAAAACAUCCUGAAUUAUUUGCAUCUGGUAUGAAAAAGAGGAGCGGUGUUUUAUUUUACGGGCCUCCUGGGACUGGUAAAACACUAAUGGCAAAAGCCAUAGCAACGAAUUUCUCUUUGAAUUUCUUUAGUGUCAAAGGUCCAGAAUUAUUGAACAUGUAUAUCGGUGAAUCAGAAGCCAAUGUGCGUAGAGUGUUCCAAAAGGCUCGUGAUGCCAAGCCAUGUGUCAUAUUUUUUGAUGAAUUAGAUUCAGUUGCACCAAAAAGAGGUAACCAGGGUGAUUCUGGUGGUGUCAUGGAUCGAAUUGUAUCUCAGUUACUAGCUGAAUUAGAUGGUAUGAGUACUGGCGGAGAUGGUGUUUUUGUCAUUGGUGCCACGAACAGACCUGAUUUGUUAGAUGAAGCUUUGUUACGUCCAGGUAGAUUUGAUAAGCUUUUGUUCCUUGGUAUCCCUGACAAUAACGAUAAACAAUUAAACAUUUUACAGGCAUUAACUAGAAAAUUUGAAUUAGGUGAAAAUGUUAAUUUGAGUGAAGUUGCAGAGCAAUGUCCAUUCAACUAUUCUGGUGCCGAUUUCUAUGCACUGUGUUCAGAUGCUAUGUUAAAUGCGAUGACAAGAAUAGCCAAAGAAGUUGACGAAAAGAUAAAGAAAUAUAAUGAAACUAACGGUACCAAUCUCUCAGUUAGAUACUGGAGUGACCACAUUGCCACAGAUGAAGAUGUCAAAGUUGUUGUCAACAUGUCUGAUUUCUUAACUGCGCAAAAGGAAUUAAUUCCAAGCAUUUCUCAUGAUGAACUUCAACAUUACCUGAGAGUGAAAAGCAACUUUGAAAGCACCGACAAUGGUGAUAAUCCUGUAAGUAGUUAA